AAGAACUUAAAGGGCGGAGUUGCGAAAACCCGUAAGCGAAAUUCUUCAUGCGCAAGUUUUUGUUCGUUGGUGAACAAAACUCAUCGGAAAUCUUUCUCCAAUUAGGGUUUAACUUUGCACUGCCGAGGGCUUGCUCUGUGAUUCAUAGCCAUCUCUAAUCUGUCUCUACUAGAGUUUAAACUUGAAGAUCAAUCGGUUCAUCUCCAAAUCCAAUUGAAGAAAUGGAAGGUGAACGUAAUUUAGAGGCAGCAAUAGAGCAGCUGCUCAACGUCGAGAAGCAGAUGCGGCUCGCCGGAGAUGUGGCCGGUACUAAGAAGGCCGCCACUGACAUUUUACAGCUCUGCUUUGAAGCGAAAGCAUGGGGGACACUCAACGACCAGAUUGUGCUCUUAUCCAAACGCCGUGGACAACUGAAGCAGGCUGUGACUGCAAUGGUCCAACAAGCAAUGCAGUACAUUGAUGAAACGCCAGACAUUGAGACCAAAAUAGAGCUUAUCAAGACGCUCAACAAUGUGUCUGCAGGAAAGAUAUACGUGGAAAUCGAGAGAGCCCGGUUAAUCAAGAAAUUAGCAAAAAUUAAAGAAGAACAAGGGCUUAUUGCAGAAGCUGCUGAUUUGAUGCAAGAAAUUGCUGUGGAGACUUUUGGUGCCAUGGCUAAAACUGAGAAAAUUGCAUUCAUUCUUGAACAAGUUCGUCUGUGUUUAGACCGUAAGGAUUAUGUUCGUGCUCAGAUCCUAUCAAGGAAAAUCAGUCCAAGAGUUUUUGAUGCAGAUCUUACAAAAGAGAAGAAAAAACCUAAAGAAGGUGACAAUAUUGUUGAGGAGGCUCCAGCUGAUAUACCAUCAUUAAUGGAGUUGAAGCGUAUUUACUAUGAAUUGAUGAUAAGGUACCAUUCCCAUCACAAUGAUUACCUUGAAAUUUGUCGCUGCUACAAGGCAAUAUAUGAUAUUCCUUCUGUCAAGGAAAACACAACUCAGUGGAUACCAGUCCUGAGGAAAAUCUGUUGGUACCUGGUUCUAUCACCACAUGAUCCCAUGCAGUCGAGCCUUCUUAAUUCCAUCUUGGAAGAUAAAAAUCUCUCAGAGAUCCCGAAUUUCAGAUUGUUGUUGAAACAGCUAGUUACUAUGGAGGUCGUCCAAUGGACAGCUUUGUGGAAUGAUUACAAGGACGAGUUUGAGAAUGAAAAGAACUUGUUAGGAGGCUCUUUGGUUGAGAAAGCUGCAGAAGAUCUUAAACAAAGGAUAAUCGAGCAUAAUAUUCUUGUUGUGUCGAAGUACUACUCGAGGAUUACAUUGAAGAGACUUGCAGAGCUGCUGUGUCUCAACCUUCAGGAGGCGGAGAAGCAUCUUUCUGAAAUGGUUGUGUCCAAGGCCUUAGUGGCGAAGAUCGAUAGGCCGAUGGGGAUUGUCAGUUUCCAGACGUCGAAGGACAGCAAUGACAUUCUCAAUUCAUGGGCAAUGAACUUGGAGAAGCUUCUUGAUCUUGUUGAAAAGAGCUGUCACCAAAUACACAAGGAAACCAUGGUUCACAAAGCUGCUCUAAAAGUUUGAGAAGAAUGAUGAUUAUGCGCCAUGUGUUAUCGGUCACCCAAAAUUUGGCAUGUUUGAUUGAUGUGCCUAACAGAUCUAUGGAGAAUUUAUCCUGUUUUUUCUGAAGUUGAUUGUUUUGGUGGUAAGGAAACAGAACUUUGGUAUGCUUCUUAGAAUUGGAAGGGAAGAUUGUUGUAUAAUACCGACUAGAAAUCGGAACCUCGAUGCCCUUUUCUUACUUUUGUAGCGGCUGRAUUAAAUCGCCUCACUUAGUUUAAAUUCUUAGGCUAUGUUUGCUACAUUCAGCUACCAUUUUAUCCAGUUUAGGCUUCUUUUUUUAUUUUUUUAUUUUUUAUUUUAUGUUUUUUGCAUUUCAACCAUCCAGUUCUGUGUGUUGGGAUUAUUUGUUGGAUGCUUUCAUUUUUCAAAUGUGUCUGGAAACUGCUUCUGUUUUGCUGCCUUA